GCGUCGCGCGCGCAGGACGAGAAUACUUGUGAAGUUGCGCGCGGGUGGGGACGAGUUCGAGGGCGUCGGACAAAGGUUGGUUGCGUUGAGCGGCCGGCCGGCAGCGCAUUUGCGACUCAAACAUGGCAGCGGCUACCAGCGUUGUCGUGCUCGACAGGGGCAACAACACCACCUGCACCAUCAAUUUACACGGAGCCACCGUAGUGUCCUGGCGGGUGAAUAACCAGGAACAGCUGUUCGUUAGUAAGCAAGCUGUGUUCGACGGAAAGAAAGCGAUUAGGGGCGGCAUACCGUUCGUCUUUCCGACCUCAGAAACCAUAGGAAACCAAGAUUCAGACAAAUCGCAAGAGGCACAAUUCGGAACAUGGACGUACGGACCACCCCACGGUUUCGCCAGGAUCAUUCGUUGGAACGUGGAGAAGACACCGGAGCGAUUGCCCAGCGGGGACAUCGAAGCGAUAUUCUCGAUAAUGGACAAUGAAUUCACGCGAUCGCUGUGGAAUUCACAAUUCAGGCUAACGUACAGGCUAAUACUGCGCGAGAAGGAGCUGCAUUUUAAUAUUGGCGUAUAUAACCCGAGCAGAGAAGAUCCCUUCUCCUUUAAUCUGCUCCUACACACUUAUUUCAAGGUACCCGAUGUCAGGAGAUGCCAAAUUACGGGACUGCACGGGUGCACGUUCCUCGACAAGACUAGGGACAACCAAAUUUACCAAGAAGGCCGCGACGUCGUCACGGUGUGCGAAUGGACCGACCGGAUCUAUCAGAACACGCAGCCGGAGCAUAUCAUCACGAAUGUCGUUUCCGGUAGGAAAAUGCGCGUGCAAAAGUACAACUUUCCCGACACGGUCGUUUGGAAUCCUUGGCAGGAGAAGGCGCGCGACAUCCCGGAUUUCGGUGACGACGAAUUUCCUAACAUGAUAUGCGUCGAGAGUGGACAUGUCAGUAGUCCGGUUGUACUAUUACCAGGAACAGCCUUUGAGGCAAGCCAGAUAUUACAGGUGAUGUGAGUAGAGAGUGGACCGACGUCACACGUCAAUGCUGGAGGCGGUACCAAUUCACUGCUUCGCAAUCGUCGCAUCUGCACUCGCAUUGCGUUGCCCAGACUUGCACGAUAUGUUCUCUGAAUCUUUAGGAAUCUUUAGAUAUGAGACGAAGUCUGUAAACUAUGCGAGCCCCCAAAAUCUCUUCGCUUUCCGCUCCCUUGACCAAUCGCUUCCUCGAUACUCUCAACACUGCAUGGUACAGAUUGUAUCUUUUUUUUUUCAUCGAGUCCGUCGAGGAAGCGAUGACCUGUGUAGUAAAGACAAGUAACUUAGUUAAUUUUAUCGAAGAAUCUGUCUUCCUUCGUUUUACUUAUUUUUAUCUUUAUGCUUCGUCCGUGCUUUACGAGGAAUCACGAGAAACUAAAUCCAAAACGGCCAAUCGCGAACGUGAGGGAUAGAUUAAUCAAUUUAUCUCUUUGUUUUCCGCCGUCCAAAUAACAAUCCAACAUAGGAUUUAUAAGUAAGUCAAUUACAUUAUCCGAAAAUAAAAUUGUUAUCUUGUUUGCACAAUAUUUAUUUUCCUUUCAUUAAAAAUAUUUAAAAAAUUGCAGGGAGGUACUCGCAUAUAAGUAUUACGCGGAAGAGAAUAGGAUCCUUUUAUUAGACUUUUAAAGAAUAUUAUCUUAAAAAAAAAACUUGCGGAACGAAUUAAAGUUCACUCGAUUUGUCACAAUAAAUAUGCGUACAUUCCAUAUAUAAAUGGAAAGUGAAAGAAAUAUAUGUCCCAGUUUCGUAUUCUCACCACGUUUAGGUAUUAGCAUGCAGUAUAUUGUUUAUAGAUGUAGAUUGGAAUUAGAUAUGUAAGCAAUUUUGUUAAAUUUACGCGAUAAAACUUUCCCAAGUAUUAUGAUGUAAUUACUCAUUCGUUUUGAUAAACGGAUUCGAUUUAGUUUGCUUGCUGCAAGAUGUACAUUUGGAAUUAGUAAAUAACAUAAAAUGCACUUGAGACGUAUUUUGCGUUAUAUGAGCUAUGAUAAAAAUGUUCUCGCGGAAGACUUUAUAUAUAUACACACACUUUUUAAAAAUGUUUAA